AUGACUCAAAGUCGUGGAUUAGUGAUUCAAGCCAACUCCGGCGCAAAACCUUACGCCACUUUGUUAGCUUUGAACGCUUCCGGUUUUUCCAUUGAUAAAACUGUGUCAUUUAGCGAACAGCAGCUCUUGUUGAAUUUGUGAGUGUUUUAAUGGAUUUUUGAAAAUUCAAAUUGAUUGUAGGGAUGGUGAGAGGCUGACAAACGACAUCAGCAUCGCUCGUUUGAUCAUCCAGAGUGGCAAGAAUAAUGAAGAGUUUCUGGGGAAAGACAUUUCCGAGUUUGCCAAGGUUUUUGCAGAUUAUUGAUUGUGGAAUUAAUGAUAAAUUUUCUAAAUGGGCUCAUCUUCAACUUAUUUUGUUGUUAUUUUGAAGAUCGACGAAGUCGUGAACGUGUGCGAAAGCGUCGUCGACGGUUAUUUGUCGCCGGAUGUGCUGGAAGAGCUUGAAGUGGUGGCCCAGCUGCCGAAUCGGACGACUCUUGCCGAUAUUGCCAUUUUUGCUCUCGUUGUCGGCAAUGAGAAAGUAGGUUUCAAAGCCUUUGAGCCCACUUCCAUAUGUUUCUGGCGAUUGCGCAAUGAGGCGCAAGAUCGCGUUCAUGUUUUAAAAUUAUUCUAUUUUUAAAGGUUUUUUUUUUGUAUUUCUGGCGACUUUUUCCUUUUUCUCUGAUUUUUCUAUGAGUCUGAUCUUUAACUAUCGAAUAUUUUUUCCAAACUUAACUUUUUAAGAUCAAGUGAGUUUAAAAUUGGAAACACUUCUGUUCUUGGUUUUUGAAUUUUUUCUCUAAAAAUGAUACUCGCUGAUUGACGUCUGGAAUAAAAAUCAAGACCUUUUUUCAGCUCAAAGCCAAGUUCUCCAAAAACUUUGAAAAAGUUUUGAACGAUUCCAAGUUCCACUCCGCACACGCUUCCGUUGGAAUGUUCAAAACCGAAGCGCCAGCUAAGUCUCAGGUUUUUCAUAUCUCCAACUUGUUUAUAAUCAUUUAUGUUUCAGCAAAAACCAAAAGAGAAACAAAAGGAUGAGGGUAAAUUCAUUGAAUUGCCAGGGGCCGAGAAAGGAAAGGUCGUCGUCCGGUUUCCGCCAGAGGCUAGCGGGUAAACAUUCUCUGUAGAAGAUAUAAAAUUAUAACUUUUUAUAUUUAAAAAUAAAUUUUAGGUCACGAAAAUAGCUCUUUUCCGAGCGUACUAUUCAAAAAAAUUUAAAUUAUUAAAGAUCUAAUUUAACUGAUAAGAAAAAAAUAGAGUUUUUUUCAAGGCACGCAAAUUUUUUUAAUAAGCUGUUAUAACAACUAAAACAACCUUCGGCCUCGGUAAUUUUUUUGAAUUUUUCUCCUCACAAGGUAUAACUUUUCUUCGUCUUAUCAUUCUUGCAUUAUUCAAUUUUUAAGAUGUUUAUUCAUUUUUAAUGUAAUGUUUUUACAGCUAUCUUCACAUUGGACACGCCAAGGCUGCUCUGUUGAACCAGUACUACCAGCAGGCUUUCGAUGGAGUUCUCAUCAUGAGAUUCGACGACACCAAUCCGGCCAAAGAGAAUAGCCAUUUCGAACAAGUUAGUUUCAUCCGCCUUGAGCUAAUUUUGGAUUAUUCUCCAGGUAAUAAAGGAAGAUUUGGCGAUGCUGAACAUCGUCCCGGACCGUUGGACUCACUCCUCGGAUUAUUUCGAGACGAUGCUCGAGUUCUGCGAGAAACUUCUGGCCGAAGGAAAAGCCUACGUCGAUGAUACCGAUACGGAGACGAUGCGCAAGGAGCGCGAAGAACGCGUCGAGAGCAGAAAUCGCAAUAAUGGUAUUAGUUUUCUGGAUUUCGGAAAAUUCGGACGGUCUUCAAUCGAUUAUUUGAUGCCGCAUUCGAAGCGAUUUCGCGGAAAUCGUCUCUGAAUCUUCAAAGUUUAGCCACCUUCCAUACACUCUGGAAGAGAUUUUGGAUUCCGUGGAGUACUUCGAAAGUUUUUCACUGCUAACAGCCAUUUUCAAAAAUUUCCUUAAAGUUGUGAGUUUGUCACGGAAAUUUUGCAAGUCCUUGUACGCUUUCUUGAUCUCCACAAUGUUUCGCGAGCCUUGCCAGGACGUUUCGGUCAAAAUUUACAAGCCCUUGAUUAUAUGCCUUUUAUAUGUUUUUCUUUCGAACUUUUUCAGUUUUCAAGAGCUGAGACAACUGCGUACCGCUACAAUUUCAGUUUAAUAAAACUUUCAAGGUAGUUCAGCCAGGAAACUCAAAAAUCGCCUCUUCUAAAGAUGUUCCGCGUAUUGCUCCUACUUGGAAGCGGUUCACUUUUGAGAACUGCGAGUGUUUUUCGAAAAUUUUUUUGUGAAAAGUUCCAAGAAAUUUAUCAAAAACUGUCCGAAUUUUCGAAUACAUUUUUUUUUUGUAAAGUUCUCUUAUGCCUUCUUCAGAGCCGGCCAAGAACUUGGCGUUGUGGAAGGAAAUGAAAAACGGGACGGAGAACGGCCAAAAAUGCUGUGUUCGACUGAAGAUCGACAUGAAGUCCAAUAACGGCGCCAUGCGUGAUCCCACCAUUUACCGGUUUCUAAAAAAUCAAUUUUUUUUUCUUUUCAAUCCAAUUUCUUCCAGCUGCAAACCUGAAGAACAUGUCCGAACUGGCCUCAAGUACAAGUGAGUUCAAAUUGAAAUUGAAUAAUCAUUUUCUAAACUCAGGGUCUAUCCUACUUAUGAUUUUUGCUUGUCCAAUCGUCGACAGCAUCGAAGGUGUUACGCACACCUUGAGGACGACCGAGUAUCAUGACAGGUAUUUUUUUUAAUUUUCGCAAAAACGUUCAGAAUUGAUUUUUCUUUUGCCUGAGAAAAGAAAGUAAAUAGAUUUUUCAGUUUGAAAAAAAUUUAUCUUAUUUUUUCUUUAAAAACUCGGUUCUUUGGAUUUUUUUUCCAGAUGUCGAACAAAAUUUAUAGUGUUGAAAAAAAUUUUUUUAUCUUACUUAGUAAAUCUUUUUUUCGCACUCUCAAUACGUGUUUUGGUUAUUAUUUUGUAGUAGAAGAUAAAAAAAGAAAUUCUGUCUCAUAUAGGUUAUAUUGAUUUCAGAGUGGGUUUAAAAUUUUUUUUUUCAACAUUUCAAUGACUCAUGCCAGAUCAUAGUCUUGAACUGUUUAAGAACGGAAAAAUAGUAAGUGAAAGGUAGAGUCGCUGAAAGAUUGCAGACAGUUCAGAACGUUUCAAGUCUUGCCGGAAAAUCUGAUUUUUCAAUUAUUCGAGCGUCAAGUUCAAGUUGUUAAACAACCAAAGAUUAACGCGUUUUUCUGUUCAGAGAUGAUCAAUUCUACUUUAUCUGCGACGCUUUGGGCCUCCGUCGGCCUUACAUUUGGGAGUACGCCCGUCUGAACAUGACCAACACCGUGAUGAGCAAGAGGAAGCUGACUUGGUUCGUCGACGAAGGACACGUCGAGGGAUGGUAGGAAGACCUUCGGGACUAGCAAGAAGGGGAUGACUCUCAGGGACGAUCCGAGGCUUCCAACCGUCCGCGGAGUCAUGCGCCGCGGUCUGACCGUAGAAGGCCUCAAACAGUUCAUCGUGGCCCAAGGCGGCUCUCGUUCCGUCGUCAUGAUGGAGUGGGACAAGAUCUGGGCUUUCAACAAGAAAGUUAUCGAUCCCGUCGCGCCGAGGUGGGCGAACGUUUAGAACGCAUUCAAUUAUAAUGUGUUGAGUUGAUGAUUUUCUUGGUAAGAGGCUGAAAAAGGGCGUUUAAAAAUUGGUAAUCAUUUUUUCAAACCCGUCUGGCCGAGUUAGAAAAACAUUGUAAAUGGAACUCAGCUCGUUUAAGUAUCUUAUUUAAUUUUUGAUAAACAAACUUUUUGAAGCUCACUAAAGCACUACACAAUAAAUAUUAUUAAAAAAACUACAUUAGAGCGUUCAAUUUUUUUCAUAAAGUGGUCAGCGAUAUCAGUUAUUUGUCAAUAUCAAGAAAAAAUUCCGCCGCAAUUAGCGACAAAGUUCAAAAAAACUUCAAUUUUACCAUUAUACACCUAUAGGAACAAUUUCGGAAAUUCCAAAACGUCUGACUCUUUUUCCAUCAUUUUGAAUCUUCAUUUUGAAUCAUUGAAUCAAUCUUCAAAUUUUUUUUCUAUUUUUUCCAAGGGUUGAAUUUUUUUUUGCUUGAUUCGUGAAGGUCUUAUUUUUAAGAUACACCGCCUUGGAAAAUUCUUCUCCUCUGGUUUCUGUGGAGCUGGAUGAUCAGGUUGCCGAGGAGAGCGUUUCUGUCCCGUUGCAUCCCAAAGUUCACAGAACUAAAUAUUCAAUUUUUUGAUCCAAAAAAUCUCAGAAUGCGGAAGUUGGCUCGAAGGAUAUUUUCAAAGGCAAGAUUCUGCUUUUGGAGCAGAACGACGCGAAAGAAGUGAAAGUCGGCGACACGGUGACUUUCGUCAACUGGGGCAACAUCAAAAUUGUUGACGUCAAGUCGGAGAAUGGCGUCAUCAAGACCAUCAAGGCGAAGCUUGACCUUGAAAACAAGGUUUUCUGAGAAAACUCAUUGAUCUCACUGAAAUGAUCUUUUCAGGACUACAAGAAAACUCUGAAAGUCACUUGGCUGGGCAAAGUCGGAGUCGCAGAAGGCAAAGAUAUCCCGGUCGUGACGGCUGACUACGACCACAUCAUCAGCAAGGCGAUCAUUGGCAAGGACGAGGACUGGAAAAACUUCAUCAAUUACGACUCUGUUGUUCGUUUCAGAGUUUGAAGCAAAACAAUCAUGAAAACUCUUCAGCAUUUCACGAAAAUGAUGGGCGAGCCGGCUUUGAAGACUUUGAAAAAGGGCGACAUCAUCCAGUUGCAACGCAAAGGCUACUACAUCGUCGACCACGCCUACCAGGCCAAGAGCGAUUUCAUGUAUAAUAAAUGUCCCUUACCACUGUCCUAUUGAAACGUUUAGUGGGACUGAGACGCCUCUUCUUCUGAUUUCCAUUCCCGACGGCCAUGUCAAGGAGGUUGCUGCGCCUGCCGACAAGGAGAAGGGCAAAUCCAAUGUGAGUGCAACAAAAGAGAUAUUUCUAUUAGUUGAUAACUCCGAAAAGACUGUCGAUGUUUAUUUCUGUUGUACAGUAAACUAUACAACUUUAAGUUUACAAAAACGUUUUUCAUAACCAAAGUAAAACGAGACAAAAGAACCUAGACUCAAUCGCCGAAGGCGAUUGCGCAGAAAUAAAACUGUGAAGGUGACCUGCACAUCUUGAUAAUGCGCGGCAAUUUGAAAUCGUUUACGGGGUUAAAUUUAGACACUAUAAAAAUUUCAUAAAUUUUUGACACGGUUUUUCAUUCAUUUAGUUGUUUGAAAACUGUUUUCAACGAGAUAACCGGUUUUAUUGAGAGCACGAACGUGAAAGGCUCUGGAAACGAAGCUGUUGAGCUUCAUUCCAAGAUUGAACAACAAGGAACACUUGUCCGUCAGCUGAAAGAGAAAGACGCCAAGGGACAGGCCACGAAAGAUGCCAUCGCUGCUCUUCUUGAGCUCAAAAAGCAGUUCAAGGUUGCAAACCAAAACAUAAAACAACGGAAUUUACAAAUUUAGCAACUUACUGGUGCAGAGUUCAAGCCUGGCUCUCCUCCAACCGUUUCUACUCCAGCUUCAGAAGCUUCUUCUUCAAACGGAGCGCUGGAUCUUUACAACGCCAUCGAGAAGCAAGGAAAUACUGUCCGCGAUUUGAAAGCCAAGGACGCCAAGUCCCAGGAAACCAAGGACGCCAUCGCCAAAUUGCUCGACCUCAAGAAACAGUACAAGGUGUUCAUUGCACCUCUAAAGAAUUAAAUAUUUAUAUUCAGAAAAAAAAAAACGAUAAUGAAUUGAUAUCAAAAGUACAAUACUGUCUAUCGCAUGGUUUUGAAACUCUUCAGAAAAAUUAUUCAAUUAAUUGCAUUUCUUAGAAUGUAUCAUACGCAGCUAGAAGAAUAAGAGCACUUAUUUUGAAAAAAAUGUAAUCUUGGUAUAUAAUAAAACUUUGAGAGUAGGAGGAAGUUUUUACAGUAAACCCUAGUUUUGAUUUUCAGUUGAAAUACAUUUUCUUUCUUUUCUGCAUUUUUUCUUUUGUACCCUUAUGCGUUACAAUUAAAAACUACCAAAAAUUUGAAAGCUAGAAAGGUCUUAAAUUUCGAUAAAUUCUAUCACUGUCCUUCAAAUAUAAAUCAUAAACUAGUUUUAAAAAAAGAAAGGACAUUAAUUUUUAUGGAGGAGGAAAGCGCUGAUCAAGGAAUGAGAAUUUCUAAAAUUUGGCUUUUUUAAACCUGUUUUCAGUCUUAUUUUCAUGAUUCAGGCUGCUACUGGAUCAGAUCACAAGCCGGGAGCUCCGCCAGCUGCUGCUCCGGCUCCAAUCACUUCAACGCCUUCUGCUUCUGGGGGAGCGUUGGACCUUUAUAACGCUAUCGAGAAGCAAGGAAAUACGGUCCGCGAUCUCAAGGCAAAAGACGCCAAGUCCCAGGAAACGAAAGACGCUAUCGCCAAGCUUCUCGACCUUAAAAAGCAGUACAAGGUGUUGAUUAAGCCUUGAUAAUUGAAUCUUCGAACUAAAAAAUUUUCGAACAAGGCAAAACUAUAUGGCAUAAGGGGCACGGCAAAACUUGCUUUCCAUGGCCGAUUUGUCACAGGAAAACCCAAUAAAAUAGUCAUCAGGCUAUAUGCUAGUACUUACUGGAGGGGUUGAUCUUGUUCGGUUUGCAAUUAAGGAACCUUCAUGAUCUAAUGAUAACGGAUCAACAUAAAAUCAAACUGAAGCAACUUUGCUGUAUGAAAGUUUUCUUUUGCUAAGAAUGGAUCAUUUGGACUAGAAAAAAAAAUGACAUUCCUUCUGUUAAUAGAACUAAGUAAAGACUCGAUGGCAGUUAUAGAUGAUUCCAGAAAUCUAUAGAAAACUGCUUUUUCUGCUAGUUUCAAAAUUCCGCUCUUCUACAACCAGCUCCGUUUUUUUUCUCAAUAUCUAAAUCUUAGGCCGCAACCGGAGCGGACCACAAGCCUGGUGUUCCUCCAACUUCUGCCCCAGCUUCAGCCACUUCAACGCCUUAUGCUUCUGGAGGAGCGUUGGAUCUGUACAACGCCAUCGAGAAGCAAGGGAAUACGGUCCGCGAUCUCAAGGCCAAAGAUUCCAAGUCCCAGGAAACGAAAGACGCCAUCGCCAAGCUUCUCGAUCUAAAAAAGCAGUACAAAGUAGGUUUUGAGAGAAAGCUUCUUUUUCCGCGAGGUUUUCAUCUCUCAUUUGCCUUCUCCAGGCGCUAACUGGGAGCGACCACAAGCCUGGCAGUCCUCCAGCUGGAUCUUCUCCAGCUCCUGCCGCAGCUGCCACAGUUCCGGCGGGAAAUGGCGCUCUCGACCUGUAUAAUGCUGUCGAGCAGCAAGGAAACACUGUUCGCGAGCUCAAGUCGAAGGACGCAAAGUCCCAAGAAACCAAAGACGCCAUCGCCAAGCUUCUCGAUCUGAAGAAACAGUACAAGGUCUAUAAUUCACUGAAAAAAAGAAAAAAAUUGAAUUUAAAAGGCAUAAUUUUAUUUAUAUUUUCACCUUUUUUUCAAAAAUUUAUUUUUUUAAAAAUUUGAAACAGAACAUUCUCCCGAGUUUUUUUCUCAUUUUUCUGAGUUUUUAGAUAUAUAUAUAUAUAUAUAUAUACAGUACUUUUAAGGCCCUGACUGGAACGGACCACAAGCCGGGUUCUCCUCCAGCUGCUCCAGCUGCUUCGACGCCUUCUGCUUCUGGAGGCUCUUCCACGGAUCUCUACGACGCCAUCGAACAACACGGAAACACUGUCCGCGAACUCAAAGCGAAGGACGCCAAGUCCCAGGAGACGAAAGACGCCAUCGCCAAGCUUCUCGAGCUGAAGAAGCAGUACAAGGAGAAGCACGGCCAAGACUACAAGCCGGGAGCUCCUCCAGCCGUUUCAGGCUUGGUUUCUGCUGCCAGUGUCACGGUAGACGUGGCUGGGGAAAUUCAGAAAAAGAUCGAGGAACAGGGUAACAAAGUCAGGGAACUGAAGUCGAAGGACGCGCAGGCCCAAGCCACGAAGGACGCCAUCGCCGCUCUUCUUUCCUUGAAGUUGGAGUACAAGGUUUCUAGAACAGCAAGUUCCGACGAAUAAGGUGAUUCAGGAGAAGGUUGGUAGUGAGUACAAGCCGGGUGCAGCUCCCGCAGCUGCUGCCAAAAAGAAGUCAGAAGAAGUUGAGCCAUUGACAGCCAAGCGGUUGACUGAAGAGAUUGAAGCUCAAGGAAAUCUCGUUCGCGAACUCAAAGCUGCCAACCCGAAAUCGGUUGGAAUUGCAAUUAUUUUUAUAUCAAUAUUUUUGGAAAAAUAAUAGUUCAAUUUCAUAAUUUGAGUUAUUGUGAGUUUCUUUCGGACGGAUACUUUGACUAUUUUGAUGCGAAAGCACUUUUUAGUUGAGUUUUUUUGAAAACUUUCUUUUUAAAAAACGAAUUGAAGGUUCAUUCGGAUUCGAUGUGUCAAGUUAGCUUUUUCUUUUAACUUCUUGCCGAAAGCUACAAAUUGGAUAAUUUUAACUUUCAGAGGAAGAAAUAAUUUGAGCUUAUUGGAAAGAACAGUUAAAAGUAAAGUUGAAUCUUCACGAACAGCUGAGGAUAUAUCAGCUCUUACUGUGAAAAUAUGGAAAUGAUCGAAUAGUAUCUUUGAAGCACAUUGAUAAAAAAAAUGAAAUAGAUUCUGUCUUUACAAAAAAAAAACUUCAGCUCAAUUUUUAUACAAAAAAUCAGAUUGGAACCUCAAACUUUCCAAAUUUUGAAGAAUCCGUAUAGCUAAGGAACUUAAAGUCAGCUAUAAAAUUUUGUUUUAACUUACUUCAGUUUACCAUCUCGUACUAAAACAACAAUGAGCUUAUCAACUUUCUCGGUUUCAAACGAAUCUUAUUCCUGAAUUUUGCGAGUAAAUAUUAUUUUCAAGGCCGAAGCUGCUGACGCCAUCAAGAAGUUGCUCGAGCUCAAGGGAGAGUACAAGAAAGUGACAGGCAAAGAUUUCCCCGCCGCCGCCUCUGGAAAUAAAAAACCCGGGAAAGAGGUUUGAACCCUUCGAAAACAGUUUCGUCUAGGCUUUAAUAUCAAUUAGCACAGUAGUUUUAUUAUCGAUUGUUAUGUUCACUUUGCACAUCUUGUCCGCUUUUGUUAAUAAAUUGUCUUCUUUUGUUCUCUUUCCUGUCAAUAACAACGCCAUUAAUCAUUUGGCUAUUAAUUUCUUCAUCUCUCCGCUUUUUUUUGUACGCUUUUUUACUUUUAGGCUCCGAAGAAAUCUGAGAAGAAGGCGGAGAAAAAAGCAGAACAGCCAAAGGAUGAUUCUGACAACAAAAAGACGAAACUCGGCAUCGAGGUCGCCAAAAACGACAAUUAUUCCGAGUGGUACAGUCAGGUGAGAUAUUUCUCUGCUAAAAACUUCUCAACUGACGAUUUUAGGUGAUCACGAAAGCGGAGAUGAUCGAAUAUUACGACGUUUCUGGGUGUUACGUUCUGAGACCCUGGUCUUUUGCCAUCUGGGAAAUUAUCAAGAAAUGGUUUUUCGGGCUGUAGUUCAUUCAUUCAUUAAAUAUGGUCAGGUUUGACACCCGGAUCAAACGACUUGGCGUUAAGAACUGUUACUUCCCAAUUUUCGUCUCUCAGGGAGCUUUGGAAAGGGAGAAGGAACAUAUCGCCGAUUUUGCUCCGGAGGUGGGCAAGUUCGAAAAAGAUUCAUUUACCUUUUUGUGAGCCUCAAAAAGUGUUAUACAUACCAUUAAGCCAAUUUUCUGAACACUAAUAUUAGAAAUAAUGUAGUAAAAAAUAGGGAUUCAACGAGAAACGUGUUACUUUUUCGAAUAUGUAUUAGUUUUGAAGCUUCAAAGUUAUGAAGGUGUUUAAAGCUUUUUUUCUUUUUUUCAGAAGGUGUUUGAAGCUUUUAUGAAACGAAAAACAAAUUUGAAUUGUUUUCGAUUCUGAGUGCUCUCGGAUUAAAUCAUGAGCUCAAUUUCAUUAAAUAUUGAAAAUAAAAUUCUAAAUUCAAAAAUUGUAAUCCUAUGAAUUUCGGAAAGUUCUCGAUCCGGAUUAAAUUUGACUAAUCAGUAUUUUCCUAAAAGAUGGUGAAUUCUGUGAGAACGCUUGGAAAGUUAUUCUUUCUUCUCGAUAGCUUUUUUUCAGGAAAUUUAACAUUAAAUUUCGAGACUUAAUAAAAAAAUUUUUUUUUAUUUGUCGAACAUUUUCCACCAGAAUGUUUCAAAAAAAUAGAAAAAUCCAGUAUUUUUUUAAUGAUUUAUUACUUAAAAAUUAAAUUUAACUAAGUAAAAAAAUUCAGGUUGCUUGGGUAACUCGCGCAGGUUCUUCUGAAAUGGCCGAACCCAUCGCAAUUCGUCCAACCUCUGAAACGGUCAUGUACCCAUCGUACAAAAAAUGGAUCCAAUCCCAUCGCGAUCUCCCUUUGAGGCUCAACCAAUGGUGCAACAUUGUGGUCUAUCAGGAAGUCCUCGAAAUCGACUAAUUCAAUAUUUUCAGCGAUGGGAAUUCAAACACCCGACGCCUUUCCUCAGAACUCGAGAAUUCCUUUGGCAGGAAGGCCACACGGCCUAUUCCAAUCCUCAAGAUGCCGAGAAGGUUUUGCUUCUUUUUUCAGUUUCGAUGAAAUUCAAAAUAUUUAGGAAGUCUUCCAAAUCUUGGAUCUUUACUCUGGAGUCUACCAGGAUCUGAUGGCGAUCCCCGUGAUCAAAGGACGCAAGAGUGAGAAGGUUUCUUGGGUUUUUAACUUUAUCGGGAAAACAUAUUUUUAAGGAAAAGUUUGCUGGUGGAGUUUUUACCACUACAAUUGAAGCCUACGUUCCAGUUAACGGGCAGGGGCGUUCAGGUUUUUUUCUUUUUUUCUUUCUCUCAUUUUAUUUGUUUUUCUAUUUUUAGGCUGCAACUUCACAUCACUUGGGUCAGAACUUUUCGAAAAAUGUUCGACAUUUCCUUCGAAGAUUCCACCGGCCAGCGAAGCUUGGCUUAGCAAAAACUCUUGGGGACUCACGACAAGGUUUGGGAAAAAUGAUUGUUUUUUUGCAAAUAAUGUUUUUUUAAAAGUAUUCUAUGUAAUAUUUUUCAAGGGUGUAUGACGUAGUUAUUCUUCUUCCAAAACGAAUGAUGGAUUUUUUUAUUUUAGCUUCAAAUAUAUGAGGUUACAGCUUUUUAAGACUUCAUUAAAUUUUCAAAUGAAAAUUGAAAUUUUUGAAAAAUUCGAUUUUGAUCGCAGAAAAAGUGAUGAAAAAGGUUUUAGGUAUUUCUUUACAAGGCGAACAAUAUCAAAAGCUAGGUUUACUUUUUUUCUAGAUCAGAUGAUAACUUUCAUUUUGAGUUCCCAGCUUAAAACCAUAUGAAGUGAUGAGUUGAUGAAUAUUAAACGUACUUUUCAAAAAAUAAGUCUUGAAAUUCUAUUUCUGAUGUGAUAAAAAUUUAAAAACUUACGUAAAUACGGGAAAAAUUGAAAACUUUCUGAAUUCAGAACCAUCGGUGCGAUGGUGAUGGUGCACGGCGACGACACCGGCCUCGUUUUGCCCCCAAGAGUGGCGGCAGUUCAGGCGAUCGUCCUCCCCGUCGGAAUCACGGCUUCGACGAAGCCAGAAGGCCGCGAGGCGAUCGCCAACGCCGUAAGCAAAGUGGCGGCGGACCUCGUCGCAGAAGACGUUCGCGCCGAGGCCGACCAACGAGACAACUACUCUCCUGGAUGGAAGUUCAACUACUGGGAACUCAAAGGUGUUCCCAUCCGGAUUGAGGUUCGCAAAGGACUCUGAAAGCAUCCGGAACUUCGAAUCUUCAGGUGGGCCCGAAAGAUUUGGCCGCUGGACAGGUGACCGUUGCCAUCCGGUACAACGGCGAGAAGAGAACGCUGAAAAAUGAGAAUCUUCCCGGACAAAUCAAGGAUCUUCUCGACGAGAUCCACAAUGCCAUGUUCGAAAAGUGCGGGUUUUCGGAACCGUAUUUUUUUUUUGCUGAUCUUCAACAUCAAACGACCUUUUUUGUGGGAGGUUAAAAAUUUGACUUCAGAGUCAAAAAGCUACGGGACGAUCAUAUGAAAAUCGUCUACGACAUGAACGAGUUCUGCGACCUUCUCAAUCAGAAGUUCAUCCUUCUGGCCCCGUUCUGUGGGGCGCCAUCUUGCGAAGAAAAGGUCUCGAUAGGAAAGAUUUCGAUCUGAAAAAAUUCUUCAAGAUAAAAAGAGAUUCGGUGCGUGAAGACGGCCACGACGGUGCUCAAAUGGGCGCCAAGAGCUUGUGCAUCCCCUUGGAACAGGUUUUUUCUUUCUUUUUUGAGCAUUUCACAUAUUUCUUUUGUUUCAGCCUUCUGAGCUCCUCGGAGAGAAAUGUCUUCACUCGGAAUGCACGGCGAAACCGGUUUCUUUCGCCUUGUUUGGAAGAAGUUAUUAA